CCGCUCGACGGACCGCUACUGCAGCUGAAGUUUCCGCCAGUCAGUAGGCGUGGUGCCUCAGCCCGCGCGGUGCAGUGUGAGACGUGCCCACAGCGCGACAAAACCAAAGAUGGGGACCCUCGCCAGGGGCCUGACGGCUCCAGCCAGAUGCGCCAAUCAGCAGAUCUUGGCGGUGCGUCUGAGGUCCACGAUUACCGUGAGCCCCACCCUGGACGAGGCCGCUACGCCGGACUCGAGACCCUUCUCUGAGGUCCCCGGCCCCAAGCCAGUCCCCAUCUUCGGAAACAUUUGGAGGUUCAUUCCGGGGAUCGGUGAUCUCGCCGGGAUCACUCCGUACGACCUGCCGGGAGAGCUGGUGCGUCGCUACGGGCCCGUGGUCAAGCUGGAAGGACUCUUCACAACUCCAAGACUCUUUGUAGCUGACCCCGAAUGUGUGCAACAGGUGUUUCGGACUGAAGGACAGUGGCCCAUACGGGAAGGCAUAUCUAGCAUUGACUACUACUACAAACACUACAGGAAGAACUUGGAAUUCAGCCUUGGAACAGCAAACGGGGAGAUGUGGCAGAAGUUCCGGUCCACCGUGAACCAGGUAGCCAUGCAGCCUAGGAAUGUGAAGGUGUACGUCGAACCUAUUGACGCCGUGUCGGAGCAGUUCAUACAAAGGAUACAGUCAUUACGGGAUGAGAACUUGCAGCUACCGGACGACUUUCUGACUGAAAUGAAGAAAUGGGCUGGAGAAUCGAUAACUUACGUGGCCCUGGACACGCGGCUGGGCCUCCUGGAAGACAACCUGGACCCCCAGUCGGAGACGGGCCGCAUCAUCGGCCUCGUGCAGGACGUCUUCGAGUCCAUGGCCAAGCUGGAGUUCGGCCUGUCGCCCUGGAAGCUCGUGUCUACGCCCACCUGGAGGAAGCUCAAGUUCGCCAUGGAUGUGUUCACGGAGAUGGCGACCAAGCGGGUGGACGACGUCGCACUCCGACUUGCCAAAAUGUCCAAGGAGGAAUUGGAGUCCCGGCAGCUGAGCGUCCUGGAGAGACUCCUCAUCAACAGCAAGGACCCUGCCAAGGGCGUGGCCUUCGCACUCGACAUGAUGCUUGCUGGCAUCGACACGACCGCAAACCAAACGUCGUUCCUGCUGUACCUGCUGGCCACCAACCCAGACCAGCAGCGCACCCUGCAGGCCGAGCUGGACAGGGAGUGGGCUCCGGGGGCGCCCCUCACCGCCGCCCUGCUGGAGAGGCUCAAGUACACCCGGGCCGCCAUCAAAGAGUCCCUCCGGCUGAUGCCCGUCGUCACCGGCAUCCUCCGCACCUCCAACCAGGACCUCAACAUGAAGGGCUACCACAUCCCCAAGGGCACAACGACAAUCUGCAGCACCUACGUGAUGUGCAAGAGCAAGGAGUUCGUCCCGCGGCCCGACGACUUCCUCCCCGAGCGCUGGCUGCCGGGCAACGAGAGCCUCAAGCCGACUAGCCCUUUCGUCAACAUUCCCUUCGGCUUUGGGCCGCGGAUGUGUGCCGGGAAGCGCUUCGCGGACCUGGAGAUGGAGGUGCUGUGCGCCAAGUUACUGCGGAAAUACAGCUUAGAGUGGCACCACCCGAAGCCGGAGGUGCAACAGCAGCUCUUUGUCACUUUCACCAGCCCACUCAAGAUCACCAUGAAGGAACGGUGAUCGGAAAACGUCUGUCGAGGCGGCGUUUCAAAUCGUCACAGCAAUAAUUUGUGGUGAAACGAAAGGCCAAGUGCACGCAAGAUGUGCGCGCAAAAGGCACAGUAUUUUUCGCCCCAAGGGAGCCCACUGAAAAAAAAGUCUAGUAACGAUAACCAGAAUCCUGGAACCAAAUACCAGACUGUCUGAUAGAAUAUAACUCAACUAGAAUUCUGGUAAAAAAUACUAAACUGUCUAGUUGGCCUCAGUCUAGUAAACCGUACCAGAUUUAUAGUUAUCCUCACAAUGCCGCCAGGUCCCCUUCUGGUAGUUUUUACCAAACAUCCUGGUUAGUUAAUGUGCUUACAAAACUGAAAUAAGAAGUCCAAAAUUUAAUAAAAUAUUUUUUCGUAGUGAUGAAACCUAA